CACAAUUCCCGGAUGAUUGACAGCCAGGCAAUCCAGACACUACAUAGACAACAUAAUUUACUAAUAAUCAGUUAUUUCAAUGUAGGUCAAUUGACUUUGAUAUAUAAACGUCCUGAGUGCACGAUUCUCUAGUGGAUAAUAUUGGUUGAACUCUCGUCUUCUUCCGAGAAGAACUAAAAAGAAAGAGAGGAGAAAACCACAUUCCCACGGCUGUACGGUCUUAGCGGAGCUAACAGGGCCCCGGGACGUCCGAAGCUUUUACCUGGGAUUUUUUAUUUACCUAAAUUGGUCUACCCAGUACACCUGAGAUCUGUCGGUGUAUGCACGUACAGUGAAACACAGAUAGAGAAAAUGACCGAAAACAACAACACAAAAGACCCGGUUACUGGGUUAACGGAAGAGGAAGUGAUUGCAGUCGAAGACAGCUGGAGCAUGCUCUAUCGCAGAGAGCACCGGAAGGAGAACGGCGUCAAACUCUUUAUGAAUUUGUAUUCACUUCAUCCAGCAACAAUAGCGAAAUUCCCACUGUUCAAGGGUAAAACACUAGAGGAAAUUUCUAAGCAUCCGAAACUUCCAGCGCAUGCGAUGUCCGUCAUGUACGCCUUGGCCUCGUACAUUGAUAACUUACACGAUACCGAUCUUCUAGUGGAGCUCGUCAAGAAAACAGCGGUCAGCCAUAUUGGACGUGGAGUGGGCUCGGAAUACUUUAAGCUGCUUUCUGACGUAGUUCCGGCGUGGAUGAAAGAGGUUCUGGAGGAGGAAUGCACCCCCUUAAUGCUGUCCUCCUGGGGAAAACUUCUCGGUAUUGUCGUGGCAGUAGUGAGCGGGGAGGAGCAAAACAUGACGUCAUAAUGGUUCCUGUGACGCGUUUCCGUCGUAAAAAAAGGGUAUAAAAACUUGGCACAAAUUCAGGGAUCCUGAACCUCAGGAUAUGUCCGUAUCUAUUAAAAGUAACACGCGUUUGAUUUGAAACUUCUGAGAGUCCCACGUGUUCAUUUGAUUGUACAUGUACAAAGAUAUAAACAUGUCAGUAUGAUAUGUAAUCAUCGUUCUAGACAUAUUUCUGUAUAAUAGUCUAGUGAUGACUUAUUCAUUUGCCUGUGUUGUACUACUGUAUAUUGAUUUACAAGGUAUUUGAAUGGGAAGAGUAUUCUACGUAUUUCUUUGACGCAUUAAUAUGUAUCUCUUCACCUGAUAACCAGUCUUGAACAAUACGUCAUUAUCUAUAAUAUGACAUGUCUUGCAUCAAAUUUCCACCAACAUUAGAUCAUUUUUAAGAAAGUAUUUUUCAGAACUCGUUGUUGGUUUUAAUUUUUGUUAUGUUAUGUGUCUUUAGUUUUUGAGUGUAUAUCAGUUUUUGUAGAUUGAACGAUGAAUUGAGUUUUAUAUAAUGAUAAACUUCCAGUCUUGUUAACCAAGUGUAGACUGGUUUACUGUACAUUUACGAGUAAUAAACGUAUAAUGGUUA